GGAGAGAUCCCCGGGGAUCGAGGCUGCCCUCUCUCCGGAGACGCUUGGGCACUUUAUCAGUUGGAGGCCCCUCGAUACCGCUGGGCUCAGAGAAAAGACGUCAGUCUUGGUGUCUUUUUUCCAUGGGGCAGAGGACGAAAAGUACUUUCCACAGAACCUCCUCCUCCCACUUGCUCCAGCAGCUCAUUCGCCGCUCUCAGGACGAGGAACAGGGAGAAGGGGAAUCCGAGGAGUCCUCAGAGUCCGACACGAUGAAUUUGGAGGAUGAAUUUGAUGGGGUCCUGACAGAAGAGACUGUGGCCAAGGCACUGCAUGAAUUGGGGCGCUCAGGCUCUGGGACUGAACAAGUCUAUCUCAACCUAACGUUAUCAGGCUGUGAUUUAACGAACAUUAGCAUUUUGUGUGGAUAUGUUCACCUGCAGAAGUUGGAUCUUUCAGUGAAUAAAAUCGAAGAUUUGUCUUGUGUGAGCUGCAUGCCUUAUCUUCUAGAACUUGAUGCUUCUCAAAAUAAACUGACUACAUUCUUCAAUUUCAAGCCACCCAAAAAUCUCAAGAAGGUGGAUUUUUCCUGUAACCAAAUUUCUGAAAUGCGUGAUUUGUCAGCAUACCAUGCUCUCACUAAAUUAAUUUUGGACAACAAUGAAAUAGAAGAAAUCAGUGGACUGGAGAUGUGCCACAGUCUAAUGCACCUUAGUUUGGCCAACAACAAGAUCACAACAAUUAAUGGCUUAAACACGUUACCAAUCAAAAUACUUUGUCUGAGCAAUAACCUGAUUGAGAAGGUCACAGGUUUGGAAGAUCUGAAAAUUCUGCAGAACUUGGAUCUAUCUCACAAUCAAAUAAAUAGCCUCCAAGGCUUAGAAGAUCAUAGCCUCCUGGAAGUUAUCAACCUAGAGGAUAAUAAGAUUGCUGAACUAGAUGAAAUAGAAUACAUUGAAAAUCUUCCUAUUCUUCGAAUUCUCAAUCUUCUGAGAAAUCCAGUUCAGGAGAAAUCUGAGUACUGGCUCUUUGUAAUAUUUAUGCUACUGCGAUUAACAGAAUUAGAUAAGAAGAAAAUUAAAGUGGAAGAAAAGGUGACAGCAGUGAAUAAAUACGACCCUCCGCCUGAAGUGGUCGCCGCCCAAGAUCACCUGACUCACGUCCUCAACAGCGUUAUGCAGCCACAGAGGAUCUUUGACAGCACCCUUCCCAGUUUGGACGCCCCCUACCCCAUGCUGAUCCUAGCUGGGCCUCAAGCUUGUGGGAAACGAGAACUGGCUCACCGCCUGUGCAGACAGUUUAAUACUUACUUCAGAUAUGGAGCCUGUCACACUACCAGGCCACCAUAUUUUGGAGAAGGCGAUCGAGUUGAUUAUCAUUUUAUCUCUCAAGAAGUUUUUGAUGAAAUGCUUAACAUGGGGAAAUUCAUUCUAACAUUUAAUUAUGGCAGUUACAGUUAUGGAUUAAAUAGGGACACCGUAGAAGGUAUCGCAAGAGAUGGUUUAGCAAGCUGUAUCCAUAUGGAAAUAGAAGGUGUAAGAAGUUUGAAAUGUUCCUAUUUCGAGCCUCGAUAUAUCUUGGUGAUACCCAUGAAUAAGGAAAAAUAUGAGGGAUACUUACGGAGAAAAGGAUUAUUCAGUCGUGCAGAAAUUGAAUUUGCUGUCUCCAGAGUGGACCUUUAUAUUAAAAUUAAUCAGAAAUUUCCAGGUUAUUUUGAUGCAGUAAUCAAUGCAGAUGAUCUGGAUGUGGCCUACCAAAAGCUGAGUCAGCUCAUUCGGGAAUACCUGGGAUUGGUUGAGGAACCUGCCAAGGGUCUGGCUCCAACUGUAGAUGUUAAGAUAUCCCACCUGAAACAUGAAGAACAUCUCAGGAAGUCUUUUGCUUCAAGUAUGAAUGAUUUCCUGGAUUCUACAGACAGAAACUACUUUGUUAAAUUAUGGGCCAAACUUGCAGCAAAAAAAACACCAGUGGAAAGAGAUUCUCUGUGCAGACAGCAUGAGACUGCUCGGCAAGCCCUCAGGGGAAAGAUACCCUCUGAUCACACACUCCUUUUUCAAAGGGGCCCAGUCCCAGCACCUGUGGUCAGUGAACUAAAGCAAGGCUUUGUUCCCUGUCAAGAUUACUUUGGACUUCCUUUUCCACAGUAUGCUGAAGAGAGUGGCAAGGAUUCUCAGGCUUCCAUGAAACAUUCUGUAUUAUUUCCUCCUUCUCUCUGGUCAAAAGAGUUGCCUUCGCAGCUUCCAGAGGAUGGUAUUUAUACCCACCCAGGAUCCCCAGUGAGUGACAGUGAGGCAGAUAAGGCCCUAAAAGCACUAUGUAUAAAAUCAUCUUCACAAGGAAAAGCCUCUGUCCAACACAGAAAACCCUCAGUCAUGGUCAUCAGCCGCCCAGGUUCCAACACCAAGCCUAGCCUCCCUCCCAUCCCUCAUGGUCACAACAGACCAGUGCUUGACAUCUGAUUUCUAAUGGGGAAAAUGUGCUCUGAUAGUGUCUAGUUCUUUGUCUCACUGGCCCUGGGUCUCAGCUGUUUCUCACUCAACUAACCAUCUACCAAGAAAUAGUCCCACUUGCCUUAAUUUUCAGUCAAUUUCUACUGCUCUUCCAUGAAUAGUAUCUCUUAUCUGGUUCAUCUUUUAUUAUUUUUUCUUGUUUUCAAAAAGUGAGUUAUUCUUAGCUUUUUAAAAAUGUCAUUCCAGUUGUCUCAUAGCUACAAAUGAUUUUUCCAGCUGCUUCCAGCUCUAAAACAUCAGCUGGCAAACUCACCCAAGAUCUCUGCAGUUCUGUAUGUGUACUGAUUAUUAGAUAUAUUCAACUGGCACUGUGUUCUUAAAAUUUCAAUGUGUCCAUUUAUGGUAUUAGUGUAUACUCUAGAGGACUGAGUUAUUCUGUUCUAAUUAUGAAAGGAUUAUAGAGCUCCAUUUAACUUGUGACCAACAUGAUAUUGACUGCAUCCCUCAAAGGGAAUUAAUUAAUAUA